AUGGAGUUUGUCACCGCCCUGCGUGGUACUUUUGACGACCAAAAACCCUCCCUCUUCGAGCUUCUUUCCGAGCAGCAACUCGCCUCCCUCCUCCCACCCACACUCCGCUACCUGCUCACAGUCGCGACGCAUCGUCAUCCGCGCUACCUCCUCCGAAUCCUCAACUCGUUUGACGAGCUCUACGCGUUCUGUUUCCUCCUCAUCGAGCGUCAUUACUUGCGCACACGAGGCGGCUCGUUCACCGAGAACUUCUAUGGGCUGAAACGAGAUAAGGCAUUGCGAGGCGAGAUCCCUCGUGCUAGCGCUGCGGCACAAAAUGUUACACGGGAGACUCUAGGGUUGAGCAACAAGGAUGUGUGGAAAAACCUCGCGGUACUCGUCGCCGUCCCGUACCUCAAGAGGAAGCUGGACGAAGGAUACGAGGUCAAUGCACCCCGAGCGCUACUGGGUGCAGCGUACACUCGCAUGCCAGAGAAUCCGACGCUCAGGCAACGAUUUCUGCACUACUAUCGCUGGUUCCUGCGGAAUGUGUAUCCAAGUGUGAACGCGGGGUACUGCUUUGCCAUGCUGGCAUUCAACCUGAGCUACUUGUUCGACGGGAGUCGGUACCACAGUCCACUCAUGUGGCUGAUAGGGACGAGAGUGCGGCGGAUGAAUGGUGCAGAUUAUCAAGCCAUCGAUGCGCUCAACACGACGCAAGCUGGCAAGCUCAAGCGUGGCCAUGCGCCAGGAUGGACGAGCUUACUUAGCCCGAGGGAGCUUGGGCCGAGGAUCCUGAGCGGAUUGUCAGUUGCUCUGCCUAUGAGCAUCUUUGCGCUCAAGUUCUUGGAAUGGUGGUAUCAGAGCGAUUUUGCAAAGCAGCUUACGCGGAAAGCUGCAGAGAACAUUGAGCUCCCGCCGCCUGUUCUCACGACCCCAAAGAACAAACUGAACAAGAAGGUGGAGAAGAGGGAGGACGAGAAUGGGGAGUUGAUUGCCGAGAACGCACCCAUUGCGACUCCUUCGAUGCUGCCGAUAUACACCGUCGUGCCACCAGAUGAUUCGUCUCUUUGUCCGAUAUGCCAGGAAGACAUCGUCACGCCAACAGCGUGUCAGACCGGCGUCGUGUACUGCUACACAUGCAUCCACCGCUGGCUUGAGGGGAUGCACCCGAUGCAGGAGGGAUUCAUGGAGAACAGGGAUAUGAAGUGGGAGAGCGGACAAGGCCGAUGCGCUGUGACGGGAAGACGGGUGCUGGGCGGGACAGAAGGUCUUCGAAGGAUCAUGGUCUAA